ACGAAAAUGAUAGAGACGGGAAAAGUUUGAAAGUGAAGAAAAACGAAGUUAAAAUAAGUUGAAAAUAACGAAGGAAUGAAGUUAAAAAUAGAAUAAAACCAAACAGAACGCAACAGAUGUACGAUACUGGAUACACGUUUCUGAGUUAUUUUGCAGUCUUUGAGUAGAAACAGUAAUUCAGUAUGGCUUUACUAGCAAUUCUCGGUCUGUUAAUUAUAGCCUAUUAUUUCAUUUAUGUCGUAUCUUGCGUUUUCAUGGAUAGCGAUUUACUACUGGCUUUUAAGGAAAAGUUCGGCAAACCCGUGUCUUCAUUAAAGGGCAAGACAGUAUGGAUAACAGGUGCGUCCACCGGUAUUGGAGAGACAUUAGCCUACGUGUUAGCCAAAAAUGGUUGCAAAUUGAUCUUAUCCGCUCGGAGAACCACCGAAUUAGAGCGAGUGAAAAGAAAAUGCUUGGAAGAAAAUAAACUCUUGAGUGACGAGGAUAUAGAGGUGUACCCCAUGGACAUACUUAAUUUACACUUACACAAGGAAGCGCUCCAACACGUAAUCAACAAAUUCGGCAAAUUAGAUAUACUCGUGAACAACGCCGGACGCAGUCAAAGAGCAAAAUGGGAAAAUAUUGACAUCAUGGUCGACAAGGAAAUGUUCGAGUUGAACGUAUUUUCGAUCUUAUCCUUGAGCAGAUUAGCGAUAAAGCACUUUUUGCAAACCGGUGGUGGCCACAUCGUUGUUAAUUCAAGUCUGGCGGGAAUUCAAGCAAUACCGAUGUCGGCUAGUUAUUGCGGCGCCAAACAUGCGUUACACGGGUAUUUCAAGCCAUUUUGCUUAGAAUACUAUGAUAAAUCUAUAGAUGUGACGAUGGUGUGCCCGGGCCCGGUACAAACCGGUUUUCUAUCUAACUGUUUCACGGAGGAGCCUGGUAAGAAAUACGGCGUGGAAACGGAAAUUUCCAAAGACAAAAUCAGCGCGGAACGUUGCGCAACUUUAAUGGGCAUUGCGAUCGCAAACAAACUGGAAGAAGUGUGGAUCGCCCAACCUAAAGUAAUGCUAAUUGUGUACUUAUCCUACUGCUUCCCGAACGUCAUGAGAUGGGUACUGAGAAACAUAGGCGCAAAAGUUUUAAUGAAACUACGAGAUAGCAAAAAGGACUAAGUUACCACGCACAUGAUAAUCGACAUCUUUACACUAAAUUUCACCAAGAUAGUGCCAUACGUAUCUCAGAGGCAUUCCUAUUUAUAUUGCUAUUUAUAAAGCAUCCAGAACAAAAAAGAUUUUUUUUUUAAGUAUAACAUUAUUAUUGCUCACAGUACUCAAAGUACGAUGUUUCAUGUUCAUAUUAUUCAGAAUGUUAUUGUGAUUAAUAUAUUUUGAUGUACUAUAUUUUAUAUACAUAUAUUUGUUUAUUACAUGUUAAAUAAUCACCAGAUUCAUGAUUC